AUGGUUAGGAAUUACAUCCCAUCCAUAGUGAGUGGCGACAAAACCGGAUCUCUAAUGAAAUACGACCCAAAAACCAAACAAGUUUCAGUCCUCCUCUCAAAUCUCUCAUUCCCAAACGGCGUCGCCUUAAGUGAGCAUGGCGACUUCGUCUUAGUGUCAGAAUCGACCACCGGUAAGAUCCUAAGACUCUGGCUUCGGACACCAAAGUCCGGCACGGUGGACGUGUUCGCCGAGUUUCGUGGGUUUCCAGACAAUAUAAAAAGAAGAGCAAAAGAGAAGGGUGGAGGAUUUUGGGUGGGUAUUCACGGUAGGAGAACAUGGGUUUUGAAAUGGAUUCUAUCUCAUCCAUGGAUAGGGAAAACUAUAGCAAUGCUUCCUGUUGAUAGUACGAGGAUUUACUCAUAUGUUUCUUCAUGGAGAAGUGUUGGGUUGGGAAUUAGGGUAAGUGAGAAUGGGGAGAUAUUGGAGGAAUGGGAAGAUAAAGGGUUGAAGUUUGUGAGUGAAGUAAUGGAAAAGACAAAUGAUGAUGGACAUGGGGUUUUGUUUUUUGGGUCUAUUAAGAUGCCCUUUGUUGCUAUACAAAAAAGACUUCAUGAGUAAAGUUUUUCUUUUUCUAAAACUAGCUAGAUUAAUAACAAAUGUACACAACACUUAUAUUUGCUCAUAAAUCAUGUCCUUUUCAAGUGUAU